AUGUUCUUAAGAGGUAUUUUAGCAGUUACCAUUAUAUCUUUUGGAAUAUUUCGCCUUGGCGAUUCUCGUUCCAAUACGAUGUAUAAGCAGACACUUCUCAACAAGGGCGCAUUGUGCAACGAUGGCUCUAGAGCGGUUUAUUACUUAGGACUACAGAAGACGUCAAAGUGGAUUAUAUUUCUGGAGAGCGGAGCGUACUGUCUUACAAAGACUCAAUGUCUUAAAAGAUUUGGAAACGACUAUUCAAACGUACUGAUGACAUCGAAACACAUGCCAAACACUAUUGGAGGAAGAGAUUUACUUUCGACAUCUCCGAACGAGAACGAGUUAUUCAACGACAACUCUCGAGUAUUGAUUCCAUAUUGUACCAGCGACGCCUGGCUUGGAACACAAACAAAAGCAUCAAGUUUUAAAAACAAUAGGACUGUAGAAGAAUUUGUUUUUAGUGGUAAAAUCGUUUUUGAAAGCGUUAUUUUUGAGCUGCUCAACAAGGGUUUAAGCAAAGCGCGUCAAGUUGUGUUGAUCGGGACAAGCGCCGGUGCAGUUGGGGUUUUCAAUCUAGUGCAAUGGUUACAAGACCUUUUCUCGUCCAAGCGUUUAUAUGUUAGCAUUUCAGUGAUUAUUGACGGUGGAUGGUUUAUAAAUUUCCAAGAGAGCAUAACAUCAGCGGUUGUGGAAGAAUUCUAUGUUAUCGGCAAGCCUCUGUCUCGCGCAUGCGCUGAUUCUACGUACGGGUACCCAUGUUGUUUAUCAGCGUCAUGUAUGCUAGCACGAGGUUACUACCCUUCAAACGUGCCAACCAUAUUUUUGUUUAGCAUGUAUGAUAUUUAUAUUAUCAGAGACAUUGUCACGCGUUUGUCUGGAAGAGUUUCCGUUGCGGAGAACGGAGCCACUGAUUUGUUGACUGCGAUUGAUUCGUAUGGAGGUGCCAUGAAUCAGUCGCUUUUCGCGAUUAAGCCCGGCUCUUCAAACCUAAGUUAUUUCGUGCCCGCAUGUUUUCAGCACACUUUCUUUUCCAUGUCAAGUUUAAGAGAUCAAGGAGGAAUGUUACACUACAGCAAAGUAUUCACGCAAGGAAAUGCUAUGUUUGG